AUGGACUCUGCGGAGGUAAUUGUGUCUCUCUUGGUCGUAAUGAUCAUUAUCGUAUCGUUGCUGUCCAACGUGCUGGUGCUGAUUUGCUUUUUGUAUAAUCCAGAGAUUCGCAAGCAGGUGCCGGGUCUGUUCACACUCAACCUAACCUUCUGCAACUUGUUGCUUACGGUGUCCAACAUGCCACUGACUUUGGUGGGACUCGUUAACAAGGACCAACCUGGCGGUGACGGAUUCUGUAAAUCCGUUGGUUUCUUGGAGACGUUUUUGACUACGAAUUCUAUGUUGAGCAUGGCAGCACUCAGCAUUGACAGGUGGAUUGCUGUUGUUUUUCCCUUGAGCUAUCACUCCAAAAUGCGGCACAAAGAUGCUGUAAUCGUACUUGGCUACACGUGGGUGCACUCCAUGUCCUUUUCAACGGUAGCCGCGUGUCUCUCUUGGGUGGGAUAUCAUCAACUUUAUGCGUCCUGCACGCUCAGCAAUGUGAGAGCAAACCACAAUCGGACCCAGUUCGUUAUUUUUACAAUUUCAUUUCACUCGCUGACGUUUCUCCUGUCUUUUGUCGUGCUGUGUGUGACUUACCUCAAAGUGCUUAAAGUCGCGCGUUUCCACUGUAAACGGAUUGACAUUAUUACAAUGCAGACGUUAGUCCUACUCGUGGACAUACAUCCAAGUGUACGACAACGAUGCCUGGAGGAACAGAGGAGACGGCGACAGCGAGCCACCAGGAAGAUUAGCACUUUCAUUGGCACAUUUGUGGUCUGCUUCGCUCCCUAUGUGAUCACCAGAAUUCUGGAGCUGUUUCCAGCAGUAUCUAUUAACCAGCACUGGGGAGUGGUGACUAAGUGCUUGGCCUACAGCAAAGCAGCCUGCGACCCCUUCGUCUACUCUUUGCUCCGGCACCAGUACAGGAAAACCUGCUCUGACAUCAUCAACAGACUACUAAAACGCAGCUCUCUAAACUCGUCCGAUCGGGGAAGAGAGAACAGACCCAACACCAUUGUACAGACAGUGGAGUGA